CGGUAAUGAGGCCAAUACUGCGCCGGAGGCAUCUCGAAGAUAGCGGCUUGAGUCAGGACGAAAGGGAAGCGGUCCGGACGCGGAUGCGCGCGGGCGUGUUGAAGCGGGUCGCCCGGGAGAAAUGCGACGAGAUCUGGGCCGAUCUCGUCGCGAGGGGGGAACUCGAUGCGGAGCGGCACACGUGGGAAAGCCAAGAGGCCCCCGGGCAACCAAUCGGUCCCGACGACGAGGGCGCGGACAACGCAGGUGGGGAUGGUGAAGCUGGGGCCAUGCGCGGAGUUGAUCCGGCUACGGACGACCAUCCUUAUCGGUCUCCGGAUCAUCAUGAUGAUGGUGCCGCACGCGAAGAGGAUAGCGAUAGGGACGUCGUCCAGCGUACUCUGCGCGACAUGUGCAAUGCACUCCGGGAACUUGACCACGUAGAUCUACAGGCGCAGCGAUUCGGAACAAGAUUGAAUGUGGGUCCGAAGUUCCCCGUGCCCGCUCUGACCACUGCUGCGUCCAGCGCUUUCGAUUCGGAGACAAUAGGGGAGGAGAAGGCGAAGCGCCAGCGCCUCCUUGGUGAGCACGUGUCGGUCAGUGCGGUCUCGCGAAGGGUGGAUGCGGUGGCGCUGGAAGUGUCGGGCUCCGCAGUUGCGGUUUCCUCCAGGUCGACUGGUUCAAGGCCGACCAUGAAAGUCGACCACACUUUUUCGACGGCGCCCAACCAGGUUUCAACAGGAGGCGGCGCGCUUUUCUCUUCGAGUUCGAGUUCAUCUGGUGUCGGAGGCGCUCGUGUUGCAAGGUUGUUAGGCGACGACCUCGCCAGCACGGGCACGGACCCAGCUACCCAUGCACAUACUGGAGGGCAAGCGCAGCACCAGAAAGAAAUCCGGGGCGUGCCGCAGUAUAGUCCUCACGCCCAACAUUCCGUAAGCGGACACCAUGGCCAUCGAGGUACUACAGCAGUGCCACCAGGACCCAGCUGCAGCUUCGAAGCAAGUGAUCAAGGACAGCAUCAAGCGGUGACAAGUACGCGUACCUCUUUCAAGUAUGCAGCACCGCGUCCGCUGCUGCACUUCCGAGGCACUCAUCCGCGCGAGGAGCUAGAUUCGGGGGCAGAGCCGCAAGAGUUUGUCACGCGA